GGGCAGAAGGUGGUUGGUUCGAUGCGCUCCAACUCGCGAGAGAACACAACCGUGGUCGCUACCAUUAGCGCUGAUGGUCACACCUGGGCACCAGCCAUUAUCUUUAAAGGGCAACGACUUCAGGCCGAUUGGUUUGUUGAGGGAAACGGCCCGGAGGGUGCGAGGUACACCUUUACGGAUUCUUCGUUUAUGCAGGGAGACGUAUUCAUCGCCUACUUGAAAGAUUUCCACAAGCAGCUCGCUCGGCGACCGAGGGUUGCUCGACGGAAAACCCCACAUACUCUUGCUCGAUGGACAUGCAUCACACGUGAGCGUGGAGGUAAUCAGACUGGCCAUGAAUCUCAAAAUCAUCUUGUUCCAGCUAUCCUCCCACACGUCGCACAUCACCCAGCCCUUGGAUGUCGUCGUCUUCGGACGCUUUAAGAAGUCGGUGACCAGAGUUUUGGCGUCCUUCUACCACAACUCCGGCGGGUUGUUGCCGCUGAAACGCGACGUGCCCGGCGUGAUCGCGGAUGCUUGGAAAUUGAGCUUUCCGCCGGAGAUAAAUAAAUCAUCACUCGCUGGGGCGGGCUUGUGGCCUGUGAACAAGGAGCGGGCGCUGGGCCGGCUGAAGGGCACAGUGAAAAAGAAAGAGCGGCGAGACGAGCGCCCACCCCAAUAGGAUGUCCCCAUCGCCGCCCUCAACGAGCAGCUGGAAAACGACUUCGGAGAAAGGGCCCUCAGGGUGCUGAGGGGGCAAGCGCACACCGUCACGGCAAUCCAAAUAGGCACGGCGAUACUCGAUAACCUCUUGACUCAAAGGAAGCGCGCGAAGAAGAUGGCGACCUCGCGGAGCGCGCUUGGCCUUCCGGACGGAGGCAACAUUUCCGCGCCUGAGUUCCUGGACGCUGUUGCCGAAAAAGAACGCGCAGACAAGGCGGAGACCGACGCGAAGGCUGCGAGGUGGAAAGUCCGCAAAGAGAAGGGGGCAGAAAAAGAGGCCGCGGAGCUGUUGCGGCAGGCGCGCAUGGCCGAUGGAGGAAGGGGACGGGGACGGGGUGGGAGCGCGUGGCCGGGUGGGGGGGCGCGGCCGGGUGGCUGGAGCAGAAGGGACAACUUUUUCGGAAUGUCAGCCAGCGCCUUCCGUGUCCCGGGUUGGACAACAACGGACGCCCACACCCGUUGUCGACGUGUAGCCGUAUGGAUAUUUCUCACGUGUCCUGACAGGUUCAGAUUUGAAUCGAACACGCCCAAAAGGUCGUAAAGUUGUACCCGGAAUCGAUAUGCACCCUGUAGAACGUCGCAUGUGGCUCGUAGGCUAUGCGACGGCGAUUUUAGGGCGUGCCAGCACCGGGGGGGUAGGAUGCACAGGUCUUGAACCCAACCCGGGGAUGUCAUCAUUUUGUCCCCGGGUGACCUUUGUGUGUGUUUUCUUUUUCUUUUUGCGAUACCCGUUUUUCACUCAUGCUUACAGGUUCCCUCAGAAGCACCCGUCGCGGGGGUGCAAAGGUGUUUUGAAACUACGGUUGUUUUCGGCGUUACUUCUUACCGUAGCGGCAAGCCUAAAAUCGGGAAAAAGUAUCCUUAUUUGACCUUUAAUAUGUCAUCAGGUUUGCUCCAAUGGGCGUGGAAUUGUGCGUACAGUCGAAGCAUACCCUGUAGAACGUCAUGUGGUUCGUACCCUAUUCGAUGGUGACGUUCGUGCUUUCCUGUACCGGGGGGGGGAGGGAUGCACAGGUUUUGACCGAAACCCCGGGGACGCGGUGGUUCUGUCCCCGGGGUGGCUUUUUUUUUUCUCAACAUGUCUCUCACUCAUGUUUAAAGAUCCCCUCCAAAGGUUUUGUCGUGGGGAUGAAUGAGUGUUCCUCAAUGGUGGAUACAGUUUGGCGGUGUUCGGCGUGAAAUCUUACCGUUAGAAGCAUGCUAAAUCAGGAAAAUGUACCCAUAUUUGACCAAGCACCAUUUUACGUAGACAACUCAUUUGGCCGUGAUUUGUUUUUCUCGAGUCGUCUACUGACUAGAAUAACACAUUUAUGCACCACACUGGUUGUUCUGCCUCGUUUCGAACGCACAGAGCACGCAAUACAGGUCACGGAGGGAAAGUACCAUCCCUACCGAUUGUGUCGAAAACCCGGGGAUACGUCAUUUUCAUCCCCGGAAAUCUAUCAUUUUUGUCAUUUCUUACUUUUUCUUCAUUCCUAUUGUAUUUUACGCAUGUCCACCAAAUCUUGGGCUUUGAAAUGCUUUCAAACGUACGAAAUCAACCAAUGAUGAAAGUGGCCUUUAAUACCCCCAGGGGUAAUUUUCUCUCAAAAUAGCGCCUGCAGCUCAGGUCUACGGCUCCACUCCUACCUCGUCACCGUCGGCCAUUUUUUUCUUUUUUCGUAGGUAGUCGGGGAGUAAUCUUACCUAUCGCACGAUACCAAAAUAUCAUCGAAAUUCGAUUUCCUGCUCAACAACGAGCUCUUAGCACACGGGGUGGCUUAAGUGGCCUUUAAUACCCGCCUCUACUGUAGAUCGGAACAAAACGUAGAGGUGCUGCUUUAAAUGGCGAACUCCCCACAUGUCCACAUGUCCACAUGCAUGUACUCCAACCAACUGCCCAACCUAGCUCCCUGGCCACUCCCCAGCCCCGGCGGUAGUCGUACGCUCUGAACGACCCCGCACUCCGGGCAGGGUACCUGGUUGACCGGCCUCGAGGUAGUAUCUACAGUAGUGCCGGGCCCGUGAAGACUGCCGCCCGGCAGUGUUCAGAUUCCGUCGGGGUUGGUUGUUGAAUAUUUUUUGCGGAUGUGACAAGGACCUGUUUUUGUAUCCUUGUAGUUGAGAACUGGAACACCCCGGCUUGCUGCCGUUGGGAGUUGGCCGACGUCAAUUAUUAGACGGAUUCCACCUCGGGAAAAAACGCACGAAAAAAACGUGCUUCGCCAAAAAAACGUGUUUCGAGGUUCCGUCGCGCCUUUUCGUACGAAUUUCUGCAGUCCAGCUCGUCUGUUUUUUUUUUUCCAUUUGGUGCGUUUUUUUUGCGCGUUUCAAAAAAAAAAACUUCAUGCGCGCACACGCACACAUCCACCUUACCGCACGACACGUACUCCGAGAGCAUAGCUAUCAAUCCCUGAGGCAACUGGUGUGGAACCGGCACGCGUUGGGGUCAUUUCCGGUGAACGUGCUGGGGGCGUGCGUGGUGGGCGUGGUUGGGACAGCUUUUCACCCGCAACAGUGACCGCGGUAGCCGCCUCUCCUACGGCGGACUUCGUGUGCAUCCCCGCCCCUUGAGGGAGGUAGCGAGUCAUCAGUCACACCAGCGGUCAAGUGCUUGGAAGUCAUGGUUAGCACAGUUCAGCCGGCGGCGGGAUUCGAGUUGGGAGCGUGGUUUGAGUUGGGAACGCAUUGGAGUUGCCGCAUUGCCACUACCGCCAGGACGAGGAAAAAGCUCCCCUUCUCCAGCCACCGCACAUAGCAGAGCCGCCGUAAUAAUCUGCAUGAUUUAGCCAUGACUCUCAUGCCGAAUCUUACCACGCUGUAGGCGCGCCAUUUGCUUCAGGACGUCAACGCGCGUCUCAGCAUCACGCCAAAUCACACCGCCGCGUGUUCCGUGUUUUGCGGAAAAAAAAAAAAAAGAGGGGGUACUGAUGUCCGAAAAAAUAUCAAGAGCACGGGGGUGGGUUCCAACCGGCACUAGCGGGGAGACAGCGAAACACGAUUUUUCAACCGUCACUUUCCGAAACGCGUUUGUCCAAACACGUUUUUUUCGUGCGUUUCUUAGGUGGAAUCCCUAGAUUUACUCGGGGAGAUGGGGGUCGUUGUUUGAUUUGUUUGUUUCCGCCUGGUCUUGUAGUAGAUCUGUACAUAACAACAUAUUCGCCUGAUUGAGAGCGUAGCAUCUGAUUGAGAGCGAGAUUGCGCGAUACGCUGUAGCCGGACUACCACUGAGAGGUGGAGCUUGCUGUGUAGCUUGAAUUGAAGGGCUAGCCCGUAGCUUCAAGCCGCUACCCUGGUCAUCCUGUGGGAGUCUCUCGUUGUGGAGCUACAGCGGGGAGCAGAAGCUACAGCAGAGCCCACCGCCCGACGCGAUACCGCCCUGAAACAGUUUGAGCAGAAAUAGCCAAUCUGGGCAAAUCUAGCAACUUGUCUAGCUCCUCGCUGCAGCAUCCGAUGACGAUGACACGCAUAUGCUCGCGAAGCUGCUGAUGAGACCUUCAAUUUGCACCGCUUCUUGGAAUAGCCCGUCCCCUACUUGCCAAGAAAUGGCAAGAGGCGUCUGGACCCGAAAUUUCAAUUUUUUUGGCUCUCGCUCUCAAUCAGAUACUUCGCUCUCAAUCAGGCGAAUAUGUUGUUACAUUUCGCCAGAUUUAGCGCUUCUGUUGUUGCGUUGGGAUGGAAAUCCAAAGCAACGCAGGAAGUUGUCAGCUGAGCAAGAAGCCACAGACGCCCAACCUGAUUUUGUGCACCCACCCCAUGGAAACGAUGCCAACCAUGUGCUACAGAAAAACAUCCGCGUCUCAGUCGAAGCAAUAUUAUUUGCGUGGAACAAAAGUCCUGUCGAGGAAUCCGUCUGUGCGCCACGCGAAAACAAUGGACAACAUAUUAAAGAGCUACUACUGUUAGUGUUUUUGGUGUUCCCACCGAUUCAUCACCCCAUCUUUCCCACCAUGCCCAUUCUCCGCCGCCCUCGACCGUUUCCACACAACUUCCGACUUCUCACGACCUCUGAUCAACCUCCACCCGGCGGUAUAUCUAGAUUCCUUGCCCUCAAGAUCCGGACGGCUCUCUCUUGGCAGUCCCCGUGGAGUCUUGACGCUCUGUCGCCGUAGCCGGGAGCAAAGCGCGUGCAGAGCCGUGUCGCCCAGGCCUAG